AUGGAGUAUUCCCUCUUAGGAGAUCCCAUCAUUCGGCCUACGUGGUGGCUAGACCCAAGAAGUUUCUACAACAGCUGCAGCAGCAGCAGCAACAGCAGCAGCAGCAGCAGCAGCAGCAUCAGUGAACAGUCAUUUCUUGUGGGCAGUCAGGUGUACGUACAGCCAAUAGUUCACCCCAUGGUGGAAAAGGACAGCCAAGAGCAGCAGCAGCAGCAGCAACAGGAGCAGCAGCAGCAACGGCAGCACCUGAAGACAGUUGAGUUAAAUCUUCCUCGUGGAUAUGUGUGGUAUGAUGCAGACACAGGCGCCCUUUGCCGCAGCUCUGCAACAGCAGAUCAGGAGUUAUCUCCUGCAUCAGCAGCAGCAGCAGCAGCAACAGAAUUAACAGCAUGCAUGCAGCAGCAGCAGCUGCAGCACCAGCACCUGCAGCACCUGCAGCACCUGCAGCAGCAGCAGGUCUACAACAACAACAGCAGCAAAUUGGUUAUUUCUGCUACUGCUGCUCCUCUACCUGUUGAAGGGCAAGGAGCAUCUUGGAGGUUUGGCCAAUUAGAAGAGAGUGAAUCCCUUAAUCUAUCAGUUUCUCACGUGGCGAUUUGGGGUGUAUGCGCACAUCCAGUUGCUGCAGUUCUAAGGAACGGCCAGCCGCAGCAGCAACAACAGCAGCAGCAGCAGCAGCAAGACCAGGAAGAGCAGGAAGAAGAGCAGCUCCAUUUCUCUGUCUCGCAAUUGCCGCUAGAUCCAGAGCAAGACGAACUAAGCAUGCAGCGCAAGGAGUUUGUUGCUGCUGCUGCUGCUGAUGCUGCUGCUACUUAUGAUAAUCUUGACUUGGGUGCACCAGGAGAACCUGCUGCUGCUGCUGCUGCUGCUGCAGCACCAGCUGCUGCUGCAUCAGGUGCUGUAGGAUUGACCGCUGAGCAGCAAGCUGCAGCAGAAGAGCAGCAGGAAAAACAGGAAGAACAGCAGCAGCAGCACGAGCAGAUCCGACGGCGCUUGGCUUCCCUUCUGCAGCAGACUACGCAAGGUGAUGAGUUAAUGCUGCUGCUGCAGCAGCAGCAGCAGCAAUUUAUUGCUCCUUCCUACCGUGUUCUUAUUGCCACUCCUGGGGUGUCUAUGGCAGCACCCUCAUGGACUAUUGAGUUGCUGCUCUAG